AUGUAUCACUGGGUGGCAGCAGAAGCAUCCGCAGUGGGCGGCCAGACACCGCUUUGCAUAGUUAAUACGCUUGCUCCGGCUGAAUUCUCGCCUGUGCUGGCGCCUGGCUCAAGCAGGCAAUCGCCCCUGUCGCAAGCUUUUGCUCACUGCACGAACACGAAUGCUGUUGAGUCAAAACGAGACGUGAAUUCGCCACAGUCCAAAAAAUGCAAAAUAAGCGGCGACACCGCAACUGGGUACCACUACGGGGUGAAGAGCUGCGAGCCCUGCAAUGCUUUUCUUCGUCGUUCCGCCAUGAAACAUAUACAGUAUACUUGCGAAGAAAGCGAAAAUUGCGCGGUGAAUGUGAAAAACCGGAAUCGGUAUCAGAAAAGUCGUUUCGACAAGUGUGUAAAAGUUGGUAUGGAUAAAGAAGCAGUACGCAAUGAUAGAGGCCAGCGAUGA